UGAAUGAACGUAGUAAUUGACGAGUAAACUCUAAGUUAUAGUAAAUCUCGUUGAUAAAGAUGUCGAUUCAAGCAGUCAUUGCAUCGAAAUUUAUUUAUAUUCUUGGAUUAAUUUUAGUUACAAAAGUAGAUUACUGUUAUGGAUGUGGGGUUGGCCGCAGGUUCGGACAUGCCUUCAGUACUCAACCAGAUAUUGAAACUCACUAUCCUAACGCAGCGGAAACAAGUGAGCUUGCGAGUGGUUUCUUUGGCAAAAAACUUUUAAAAAACGAUACUUCUUUAAGGAUAACAAUAAACACACAGAUUAUUUACCAGCAUCAUCGUCUAGAUUCUGAAAGUCGUCUGGCAACAGCGGUUUGUACAGAAGCUUUAUUGUUACUUUCCGAAUCAGUUCAACAUCACUGGUCUGGAGAGUACAAGCUGUAUGUUAUUGAAGGCUAUUUAUCAGAUGCAACAAAAAACCGGGGAUCAUUAUCCCUCCAUUUAGAAGGAAGGGCAUUUGAUUUGAGGCUAGCUAAUUCAGAUCCAAAAAAACCUCGAUUAGCACUAAAUGAUAACAAACAGCUACAACGUUUAGCAGGUUUGGCAUAUUACCAAGCCAAAUUCUCAUACGUCAGCGUUAGACACAACCACGUUCAUGUAUCUUGCCGCAAAAACAACAAAAUAGAGGAGAAUAAAGUUUACAGUCGUUGUUUUCCGGAAACAGCAUACGUUCGUCAUAAAUCUGGAAAGAAAAUUAUGAUGCGGGAUUUAAAAGUAGGAGAUUCAGUUAUAACCAUGAGCCCUUAUGGGAAAAUUUUGUAUAGCGAAGUUACAAUGUUUUUACACAAACAAAAAACAGUUAAAGUGAAUGACUAUAUCAAAAUAGCAACUACGGACGGAAAAAAUCUUGUAUUAAGUUCACAUCAUUUAAUUUUUACGUUGAAUCAAGGAGCAAUUUAUGCUAAAGAUGUUCAACCAAACAUUUAUAUUACCUCAUUCAACAUUGAAAACAAAUUUUUUAAUAAAACACGUGUAUCAAAAGUAAGUCACGUGUCGGAAUAUGGAGUUUAUUCGCCAUUAACCGAAGAAGGAACCAUUAUUGUAAACGAUGUUUAUGUUUCAUGUUACGCCAUGUUUCCGAAUCACCGCAUAGCUGAUUUGACUUUUUCUCUAUGGCGUUUUUUAUUCCGUUACUUUAAAUUUAUAUUGACUUAUUUUGAGACUGAUACAGAAUACCACUGGUAUCCAAAUAUUUUAAGACAGUCAGUCAACUUUUUAAAUAUAUUACCAUAUGAAUUGUAAAUAGAAUAAAUUAUUUAACAAAAAGCCUUUAUAUUUAUCUGAUUAAUAAAUAUCAAAUAGUCAUUUUAUAACUUUUUGAUAUUUAUUACAAUGAGUUAGGCAUAGAGUGUUUGAAUCUAAAUUAUAUAUAAAACUAUAUAUCAAUAUUGUAUUAUAAAAUAUCUGAAUGGAGUUAUUUAUUUCUUAGUGUAUACUAAAUUAUAAAGUAUCUGA